UCUCUGGUGCCUGUUUUCUUUUGCCAUCAAUUCCGGCAUCUGGACUGUGUUUACAAUUAUCUAAUCAUAGAAUUAAGAAAAACCAUGUCCUGGCUGAGUAGUGCGAUCCAGAAACUGGGCAGAGCCUCGCUCUUGACCCUAGGUGGCAAGACACUGGCGCCGGUUGCCUCGACUUCCACCACCGUGCGACACUUGUCCCAUGCCGAGCGACGAGCACGCGGUCCCACUGUGCGCCGCUAUGGAUACAAGGACAAGAUCUUCAAGAGCGGCCUGCUGCCGCAUGUGGACAAUGGCCAAAAGCUGCCUAUGCCCGUGUACCGCCCAAAGAAUGCCUGGUCGCAGAAGCGUGCUCUUUUCGGCCAGAAUGACUACAUCGACAUACUGGGCAAUGACCGCCUGCAUCCAGUGAAGGUGCUUUACUCACUGCCAUCAUGGCUGCGUGGAGUCUCCGGCAACGAAUACCAGGUGCUGCUGCGCAAGCGCCCUCUGGAGAAGUCCAAGUACCCUAUAGCUAGACCGACCAAAUGGAGGGAAAUGGAGAAGCGUAUCCUCUACCUGUACAGGUUCCUGAACCGCAAGACCAAGACAGGUUAUUCACAUCAGUAAAUCGCCAAUCCAUUAGAAUCAAAUAAAGUUUUUGUUUUAAUUUGA